CGUGUGGGGAAAUUUGUAGCGUUGUUUGGUUGGCGGUGCUUUGCAUUCACGCGACGCGAGAAGUCUGACAAAGUACACUCUGUGUGCUUCAAGCACUGAUAGCUCGUGAUUGGAAGGUGUCGGGCGUCAAAGAAUUGGGUAAUUGGAUGAAGUCGAUGUCUGGGUUUUACGGCUUCGAUCAGGCGCUGCAUCUUGUCGGAGGGGCGACGUGUCUGUGGGACGGCGGGCGCUGUUCGCUCAAUUUGCCACUGUCAGAGUUCUGAAAGGGUGUGUCGCAAGGUAAUUCAUUGCUUGCGCUUUGCGGUAGCGUUAUUGUUCGUUAAGCGGUUUUUGAGGAGCGAAGGAAGUUCCAAUCUCCCAGUAAUCGUUGAUUAUUCACGUGUGUUCACUUUCGACAGCGAGGUUUGCAUCCCUGGCUUUUACAGUGAUCAUCUUCAGUAGUUCUCAGAGGCAAUGUAGGAUUGCAAAACAUGGCACGUAGUGAUGCCGCAGAGAUGUUGGAGGAAUCCAAAAAACGGCGCUGGUUGAUGGAAAAUGACGUAAAUUCAACAAGAGCUGAGGUGAAACUCCGACCUUCAUCAAUCCGUGAUUCUUCUAGAAAGAAAGCUCGGAGAGAGGUGACAGAAACAGAUGCAAAAGGUGCUCAGGAUACGAGCAUAUGCAGGGAAGCCUCAUCCAGAGAUAGACCAUCACGGAACGUCACUUGCAUUGGCUCAACAGAGAAGGAAGACGGCGAAGAGGAAAAGCUUGUGCAGAAUUCUGAAACAAGAAAGUCCAAGCGUUUGAAGCGAAUUAUGCAAGGAUCUAGUAGCAAGCAAUUGGGAACAGGUAAUGCACAGAAAUGCCAGUUUACCCUAAGGGAGUCGAGGGAGCCAGAAGGCUUUGAACAUAAGAAAUCUUUCUCAGAGAGGAGUUUUAGAGGAGAUGACAACUCAGGUGACAAAAGGAAUUCUUCUCAGAGUGAAACAGGACCAAGUCACGCCGCUGAGGAAUCCAAAGUGGGAGAACAGAAGCUUGUGAGCGAACAUGAAGUAGUUCGAAAGGUCUUGCAAACAGUUCAUUUGGCAGACGAUAAGAAGUUGAUUACUGAGCAGGAAGAGGAUAGUACUGUUUUGGAUAAUGAUAAUGCCGGCAUGGUAUCUAGCUUGGAACAGACAUCUUUGAACAGCAGAGACAAAAAGCGGAGAGUAGCCAGUAGGAGAGAUGCAUCACCACCAAGGCAACCAGAGAAAAGAUCUUGCAUUCAUGUUGCAAUAGCGGAGAGACCAUCUGGGGGUGUUGAGCAAGGAGUAGGAUCAAGUCUUACGAGUACUUGGAAGAGGCUGAAGAUAGAUAAUACAAGAAGGCGGCCAGCUGCUUCUGAGGAUUUGAGAGUGGGUGUCUCAGAAGAUUGGAAACGAUUGCGGGAGGAGGAGGGUGCCAAGCAUUCAGGUAGUUCAGUGAAUGAACAGUCGGACAGCGACUUGUCCAUGAGUACAAUUGAAUUGGAAAUGUUCGAGGAGCGGUCGAAGAAAGCUCGCCAUGAUCCUUCAUUACCACCCACAGGGAAAAAAUGGACAAGAAAAAUUAGACAAAAGGAAGAAAAUAGUAAAAGGUCACGAGAGCACAAUGAAUUUGAGACCUCAAGUAACUCUGAUAGUGAUAUAGCACAUCCCUCUUAUCUUGACAAUAGACGAAGGAAAAGACCACGGUUUGAGAAUUUGAUAUCUGGGCAAGGUCGGUCGUGGAAAAGGCACACCAGGGAUGUUAAAGAAGCUCAAGAGAGUUCCGGAGAGAAUUCCAGGAAAAGGUUUCAGGGUGAUGCAUCUGAGAAACCUGUCAAAAAGCAGCGGAAAUAGGCAUCCUUGAAUUCUUCAUUCCUCUUCGUUUAGGCAACCCAUCUUCUGCACUGAAGUGGCGUCCCAACAAACGGUUCACUUGCUGUAUUAUGGCGUUUUGUCAGGUGAGUGUUUUCUUUUGACAAGCAUGCUUUCUGUCACUUCUCCAUUGGGAUAAGCACCGUCGUGAGGCUUCUGUUCAUUGCAAUUCGUUUACUGUGUUCUGUUGUUAGUCUUUGGAUUUUAAUCUGUCUUAAUAUUUAUGUGUUGUGUGUGUCGAACAUGAGAAUCUUCUCAUAGUUUUAUCGGCUAUUUAGAACACAACACAAAGCAAGUAUGGUUUUAGAGGUUAAAAAGAUUCUUAUCAGCCAUUAAACUAGAAGUGCACAUGAAUCUUUGAUUUGAUUUAAACUUCUUUUUUUCCUAAUCUAAAUAUUUUAUAUUACUUCUCAA